CCAAAUUCCUCUAUUUUCAUAUAAUCCCAUAAUUUCAUCUAAAUUUCAUUACAAAAGCAUUAUUGAUGAACCACACCACCAUUCAAAUUCAAAUUCAAAAGUUCAUCAAUCUUCAAACAUCCACCUAGCUAGCUAUAUAUCUCUUCAUAAGGAAGAUCAACAUUCAUAAGCUAUUGAUCAAGAUUGAUUCUAACCUUGCAUGGGUUUAUCGAUUUCGUGCCUAUUCGCUGACUGUGCAGAUUUGGGAACUAGUUUGGCAUCUCUUAGUUUCCUACAAGAAAAUGAAGCUAAAAAGUUGGUCAGAUCAAUUAGUUUCAAGAGGCAAGAUAAUUCCGAAAGUUUAAUGAAGUAUGUGUGUCCACAAGAAAAUUUGGUUCAAGAAUCUUUGACCAAAAAGAACGAAAGUUACCCCGAAUCUCCAAGAUUGGAAUUGUCUACUGAUUUGGGUAGCCCCAAAGAUGAGGCCGCCAUAAAGUUGCAAAAAGUGUAUAAAAGUUUUCGUACACGAAGAAAGCUAGCAGAUUGUGCAGUUUCGAUUGAACAAAGCUGGUGGAAGGUGUUAGAGUCUGCAGAACUCAAAAGGAGUUCUAUAUCGUUCUUCGAUAUCAAUAAACAUGAAUCCGCUAUAUCACGUUGGGCCAGAGCAAGAACAAGAGCUGCAAAGGUUGGAAAAGGAUUGUCGAAAAACUGCAAAGCCCAAAAGCUUGCUUUGCAGCACUGGCUUGAGGCAAUCGAUCCAAGACAUCGUUAUGGCCACAAUCUUCAAUUCUAUUACUUGAAAUGGCUGCACUCUGAAAGCAAAGAACCCUUCUUUUACUGGUUGGAUAUAGGAGAAGGCAAAGAAGUGAAUCUUGUUGAAAAGUGUUCUAGAACAAAACUACAACAACAAUGCAUCAGAUAUCUUGGCCCGAUGGAGAGAAAAGCGUAUGAAGUAGCGAUGGAAAAUGGGAAGCUUUUGUACAAACAAACUGGAGAGUUCAUCGAUACCACGGGUCAGACAAAAGGGGCAAAGUGGAUAUUUGUUCUAAGUACAACCAAGACUUUAUAUGUUGGGGUCAAGAAGAAAGGUUCAUUUCAACAUUCAAGUUUUUUGUCAGGAGGAGCCACUUUGGCUGCAGGAAGAAUUAUUGCUGAGAAAGGUGUUCUUAAGGCUGUCUGGCCUCACAGCGGUCACUAUCUUCCUACCCAAGAGAAUUUUCAAGAUUUCAUUUCAUUCCUUGAUGAAAAUGAUGUGGAUACUUCUGAUGUAAAGAUGGAUUCUAUUGAUGAUGACGAUAAAGACUAUACUGGCGAACAAGAUAGUCUUGUUUGUGUAAGAACUCACUCAUCCGAAGAAGAAGAUACCUCAGAGAAAACCAUUGAGGAACAAAAGAAGCCGAGACUACCCAACAGUUUUACCAGAAGGUUAAGUGUUGAAAUACCAAAAAACAACGAUUUGAUUGUGAGUUUUAUGGCCCAAAAUCACUCAUCAGAAGAUAGUUACUCAGACGACGAACAUGAACCAGACAUGGAAGAAACAGUUUCUAAAGAAUCUAUCUUUCAAAGAAUCGAUUCACAUAAAGAAACAAAGUCUUUUCAAUUAGGAAGGCAGCUUUCGUGCAAAUGGAGCACAGGGGCAGGACCUCGAAUUGGUUGUUUGAGAGACUAUCCAACAGAGCUACAAUCACAGGCGUUAGAACAAGAGAAUUUGUCUCCAAGAAGCAAAAAGUCGUUCGAUAGAAAAAACAGUCGCCCUUAUAGAACACAAUCGUCCCCUUUGAAUACUGGAUCGAUUAAUCUAGUUACAUCAGGUGAAAUUUCAGAUUAGUUUGUUACUGUAUAGUAGUGUUCAUAGUAAAUUAACCAUAGGUAAUUUUUUGCAUUCUUUGUAAUGUUCAUAUGUUGAUAUCAUGUAUAUAGUUUUGUAUAGAUAUAAGUUAUA